AUGUCUUCCGCCAUGGAGGAAGAGGCCACCAUCUCUAUCCCCAGCUUGGCCUUUGUCGCAGUACUGGGCUACUUCAUAUACCGAUACUUCUUUUCCGCCCCACAAGGUGGUGCAGAUAUCGCUGCCUCAUCGUCACGGAAUGCGGGCUUCCGAUUUACCCCGGCACAAGUUGAUCAGAUCGCUCAGAUGUUUCCGCAGCUGAGUAGGCGCGAUAUCAUGUGGGAUCUGCACCGCAACAGGGGCAGUGUGCCCGCGACUACGGAGAGAGUACUUUCUGGUCGAGGCCUGGAACCGGCUCCACCAUCAUUUCAGCCGCCGCCAGCCUUCACAACAGCCUCGUCUGACUCAACGACGGCUGAAACCACAGCGACAUCGAUUGCCUCUGCCACGCUGCCACCCGAUCUGAUCACACGAUACAAUCUACAAACGAAGGUGAAUUCCAAGGGCAAGGAAAGGGAAGAAGACGCCCCUCUCCCAGGAUGGCAGAGCAACAGAGACGCUCGGCAGAAGAUGCUGCAGAAACGAAGGGACGAGAUGAUCUUAGCUGCGAGGAGGAAGUUGCAAGAGAAGGAUCAGGAUGAAACUCAACAGCAGAGUCUGAUUUCUUGA